AGAAAUCAAGUGAUAGGUAAACAAAAACAGUGUAAGAACACCCAAGUAUCUACUAUUUAUAUAGUUUUGUUGGAAAAAAUACGAAAACAUGUGCUUCUAUAAAAUAUAUGUAAUCAGUGAAUCGAAUAGUAAGUUAAUUUUCCAUGGCGCACACUUGUCGCGCUGACGAAGCACGAUUCAAAACGUGGUUGGUUGGGAAACGCCGACUGCAUUCUUGCAACCACAUUCACCGUUCACUUGAACUACUGCGUUCGGUAAAAGAAGAGCACACCACGCGCGUAUAUAUCGUAUCGCUUCGUACACCGACAGUAAAAUCGAUCAAAAAUUUCAACAGGUUGCCGGUAACUCUUAUUCACGCCCUAAAUAUUCGAAUUUACCGCUUUGAAAACUAUUGUCGAAGUGCCGGCAAAAACAAACGAGGGGCGUCCUGUUAAUUGUUUUGUAAUCGAAAUGGCAAAGUUUUUUAAUUAAGUGUUUAAUUUAUUUAUUGUACCGUUGCAAAGUGAAAUUUUUUUUCUUGUUGUGAAGUGUUAGACUAACAAAAUUAUCGCAUUUGUUAUAUUUUCAUUUCUGGAUAUCACAAAAAGCUUUCUUCGUAUCAAUAUGGAAACUUUCAUUGUGGAUAAAUCUUUUUACGAUUUUGGAACUGCUGAAGAACUGAAAGAAUUAUGGGAGGCUGAUUUAGACCCGGCUAUGCAAGAAGUAUUAAAAAUGCAAUCGGGCGAUAUGACGAUAGAAUGGAGUUAUAUACCGAGCAAAGAUUUGCCAGGUGUGAUUCUUCACGAUAGACUCAUGACGGACGCCGCUUUGGGAACUAGACCAAUCAAAACUGAACACUCAUACAGUUUAACAUCGGAUGGGGACAGUUUACCGGAUUCACCAACUUCACAUCAUAAAGUCGACGACAUGGAAGAUGAGUGCUUUCCGGCCAUUUCAAUGAAAACAGCUUGUGGCAACCUUCAGCAUGAUCCUUUGAGUAUUAAAGAUGAGCCAAACAGCGAAACGGAUAGCAAUCAUUCGUCAUGUCCUUCGUCACCUCAAUCAAUCUACGUUAAUGCAAGCAAUGUUCCUUUAGAUGUCGAAAUGCCUCCCAUAAGUAUCUCCCAUACAGGACUAAUAAAAUCAACAACAAACACGUUAUUGACGUCUCCUCAUACAGUGAUCCCCCAAAGAUUACAGUUACCACUACAAAAAGCUACACCUACUGUCAAAAUCGAAGCGACAACUUUCCAUAAUCUACCUCCGACACCACCGUCUUGCAGUAGUAGCGAAGAUAGUGAAGAUAACGGUACUAUUUCCCAACCGAGUUCCCCCGCUGCCAGAAAAACCGCCCGCCUCUUAUUAAAUCAACCAUCCACCAGGCAACCUAUCAACACGCCACUUAUCAGUAGUCAACCGAAAGGUUCAACUGGCACUCUAGUCCUUACAGAAGAAGAAAAAAGGACGUUAAUUGCAGAAGGUUAUCCAGUUCCUACCCGCCUACCACUCACAAAAGCAGAAGAAAAAUCUCUAAAGAAAAUUAGGAGGAAAAUUAAAAAUAAGAUAUCUGCUCAAGAAAGUAGGAGAAAAAAGAAAGAGUACAUGGACCAGUUAGAGAGAAAAGUCGAGCACCUUGUUACUGAAAAUACAAAUUAUAGACAAAAAAUAGAAUUCCUAGAAGAUUCCAACACAAACCUGCUCAGCCAACUACAAAAAUUGCAGGCCAUCGUGGCUAGGACGCACCCGCAAAUUAUUAAACAGCUUAAACAGAUACAAUAAUUCCGAAAAUCAACAAAAUCGAUUAUUUUUAAUAGUAUUUUUAUUUUUCGUUAUUAAAUCAGCUAUUUCAAGUUAUAGAGUACAAAUUUGUAAAAUCUGUUCGUAACAAUGACGUAUAUUAAUUUUUUCUUGUGGCCAAAAUAUUACCAAUUUUGUGAUUGCUAAUGAAAUAAUCAUUAUUUUUUCAACAUCAAUUUAUAUUAAUUACGAAAUUUAAUAUUGAUGGUUAGUUCUCGAAAAUACAAUCACAAAUAAUCCUCUGGAUUUUUAUCGAUAAAAACAACAACGCCAGAGUCUUCCAUCUUUUUGAUUUUAUAUACAUACAUUCCACAAAUUGAAAUAUAUAUAAAUACCAAAGGUUGAAUGUAGGUAAAACGAGCUCAAGAAAAUAUUUUUCUAUGAAAUGUAUCAAGAAAAAAAAAUAUUAUAUUUACUAUAAAUCGUGUACUUAGGAUUAUAUUGUAAAUAAAUUACGUGGGCUGAAGUGCCUUAAAACUAAACGAAAAAAAUGUAGAAACAAUACAUUGAUUUGGGUAAGUUAAUCAUCAGCUAAUUGAUGUGUUAAUAAUAUCACAAAUAUAAUAUUUCAAAUCAAGUGAUUGGAAUUAAUAGGUAAUAAAUGUUAUAAAACCAUUCAAACAUACAAGUUAUCAUGUCUAAUGUGAACUAUUUAUUGAAAAGAUGCUGACAACACAAAUUAAAUAGAAGUAUGAUGAAAAAUCUGCCACUUACAAAUAAUACCUGAUAGAGAAGAUUACGAAGAAGCUUUAUGAUCUCAAAGACACAAUCCUAAACUUUUUUCACACAAUUAAACAUUAUUUGUUUGUUUAUGAAGAUUGUUUAUAAAAACAAUUUCCAUCUACUAAUGGGAAAAAAGAAACAUUAUCAAUAUUGAAAAAUCUUACAUUAAUCACACAAUAAUAACAUAAUUAUGCACCAAUAAUACUGAUAAAAAUAUUGGGUGAAAACUUGGGAAUAAUUGCUAUAAAAUAUGUGAAACUUUCAGUUUGAGUUCAAAACUGAAAAUUUACAAUUAAUUUAUUAAUUGUUCCACUUUAUAUUCCAUACAAUUAUAUUUCCAUUCUCCUAAUUGCACAUAAACAGAGAUUUCGUUAUUUUUUUUCCAAACUUCGAUUCGUAUGAUUUGUACAACGACACUUAAAAAUUCAAAAAGGAUAUAUAAAAAACAAAACCAUCAAUAUAACAUUGACAUUGUGAAAGACCAGGUGUUGAUGUUCCAUCAACAAAAUAUUUCAAAUGGGUUGUACCUUUGAGUAUUCCAUUAUUAACUAACAAUGUUCGGAAACUAACCCGGAUCAUUUUCAUUGUUGAUCAAAAACUGAUCGAGUUAACGGGUUGUAGUCAUAUGAUAUGAUCCUUUCUACCCUAGUACACCAGUGAGUAAAUAUGAACAGCUGACGGGUUGUGUCGUUUGUGUAAGUUUUUUUGGAUCUAAAACUUAAUAAUUCCCUAUAUAUGGUUGUCUAUGAUUAGUUAUCUUGAGCAGAAUAAUUGAUAUAUUUUCGGAAUAUCAGCAAAAAAAUAGCUUAUUGUGUGUGUGUGUGUGUGUGAGUUAGUAAAUCGUUGAUAACUCCUCAAUAACAAUUAUUAAACAUCUAGAAUAUGCUAGACAACUGAAUAAAUAUCAUGAUAAGAUUAACGUACGAAAAAAGUAGUAAAGUCGAAAGUUCUUGUAGAUUAUGUUUUAGAUACGAAAUUUUCACCGAAAAAUGAGGUUAGGAAACUGUGAUCAAAAUAUGGUUCUGGAUUAAGAUGCGCAAUCAGCUGAUAUAUGACCUUGGAUCAUAGUUACCAAAUAGCCCUAUAGCGAGUCUUCAAAGAAUCCACUUAGCUUUACAACUAAGAUGUUCCUAUCAAAUUAACAUAAACGAUUUUACAAAUAGUCUAGUAAAAUAUGUUCCUGAGAAGAUGAAACUGCAUAAAAGAAAAUCAUCAUUCUUUUUGAAAAACAUCCAAUAGUCUAAAAGCUGAUUGUGUAAAAAGUCCUUAUAUAUGUGUAGGUCGGUACGUACAAAUGGAAACAAACAAUUUUCAAUUCUAGUGCUUCUGUAAAAAUUAGUAUUGCUGCCAAUGAAAUAUCAAUUAAGUACUUUUGAGCAGAAGAACUUCGAGAUAUGCGAUUAAUGAAGAUUUUUUUAUGAAUAAUAUAAAUAACUAAACUUCUACUAAAUUAACUGAUGAUUGCUUUACGACAUUUCUUGUACUGUUUUUAUAUAAUGUAAAAUAUAAUGACAUUUUUCGGGAACUUUACAAUAUGAGUAAAAAAGAUUGGGUUUUAUGCUACUACGUAUUAUUAUGGGUCUAACUUAAUAUAUUUGCGUAUCAUUAUAAAUAAAUGUAUAUUUUUUGAAAGAGCUGAGUCGGGACCAUGCUUUUUUGUAUGAUGCUUAAUUUUUUAGAGUAGAUCGCUUAGGAACUCGUUUAGAUUAUUGUGAGAGCAUUUAGGAUAAACUAAAAUAAUUAUCAACAAAAAAUUUCAUUUUUAGAUUGAUUAAUGUGUUCCUUAAUGUUCGAAACACCAUCAGAAUAUAACUUUUGUACAAGUAUCACUUGAUGAUUAAUUAAAGUAUUAAAUGGUUAUAAUUUAAAAAAUCAACAUUAUUAUUUAGCACUAUCACUAGUAAACGAGCAGUGUCGAUAUGUUAUGGCAUACACUUUUCAUUUCUCUUCUUAACUGUAAAUGUUUAUUUUUCGAUUAAUCACAUAAUUUGUUGGGGAAGAAGUUGUGCCAAUUUUCUUCGAGGUUCUUUAUUAUCAAGAGUUCUCCUAAAGUUUUCUGGAUCCUGUUUGCUAUUUUUAGGACAUUUUCUAUGAUUGUAUGUUCCACACACAUUGCAGUAAGAAAAGAUGGAAAUUGUUCAACAAAAGAAGAAAAUUAUUCAGCUGAAUAAACAGUAGGAAAACUUUUAAACACUUUGUUAAUAAGUUUUGGAACAAACGUAUAAAGUGUUGGCUAUCUGCAUUUACUGAUAACACUGAUAAUGAAAGUUUCAUGCACAAAUAUAAAGAUACAAGGAAAAAUUAAGAUUCUGCUAUGUAUUGAGCAGGAUUUCUGGCUGGUACUGCCGGUUUUUUCUUUGUUCUUAAUUAUUUAGACAGACAUAUUUCAUUGCAUUGGUAAUGCAUAUUUUGUUGUGUUAAUUCCAUUUACACAUCUAAACGGCUAUGUGCAGUACACUUUUAAUGGCUCUACUCUUGGCAUCAUGUUUUUUUCCUUUCUUGGGGUUGAUUUGAAUUUCCUAGUUGCAUGUGUUUUCCAGUCGCUGUUGAAAAUUCAUAAUAUCCUUUUUCUUAUUCUUUGUGACAGAUAUGAUGGAUAGUUUUCUGAACAUAAAAAUAAUAGUUCAAUUUAUUGAGAAUCAACAGUUGAGGGGUUUGGUGUUUAAUAGUACAGCAGUAAAUUUUUUUAUCCCUUAUGUUCUAAAGAGAAUUAUAUGCUCAGAAUUUGCAUUUUAAUUAUUGAUUUGAAAUAAUUUGAAAUGUUUACAGAAUGAUCUUCAGCAAUUUGCGUAAGAUGCUUUGACAAAUUAACUCUGUUUUAAUUAUGCUUUGUAAUUUUAUCAUUAGAAAAAGAAAGUGAAGGGGAAUUUGAGUGAAAUUCAAGUCAAUUAUUGCAAUUUCACAUUAAUUAAUCAUCUAGUUUUUUUUAUACAGAAUAUACAGAUAUUAGGAAAUCUUAUACCUCAUCUACAGAUUUUAUUCUAUACAAUAUUUCCUUCUAAGUUGGUUCGUACUUUUUUAUUAUUGAUUUUACAAAAAAAAUUACUCCUUUUAAAAAGUUGUUAAUGUUCCAAAAUACAAACAUUGAGUUUUUCAGUCUUAUAUGCGGUUUGUUAAAUAGUAAGUAUUUUACUGACGAGUAAAGUAACUAUAUAUUUGACUAUCGAAAAUUGAGUACAAAACUAAAAACUAUUUUAAAAUGUACAAUUACAUCUAUUUAUACAUAUACAUUUUUAAUGAGAUUGUUGUAUUUUUAACUAUUAUUCUUAUCAUGAAUGAAAGUGAUUACAAAACAUCUCGUAUCUCAAGGUUUUCUAAUAAUUUUAAUACUUAAUGAUUACAUAUGCAUUUAUUUUGCUAAUAAUAAAUAAAUUCAAAUACAUCCUGAGUUGUGUAACUCACAUAAUAUUACUACAUUACAUAAACAAAAAUUUAACCUAAUAAAACAACCUUUUCUGGUAAAGUUUUUUGUCACUUAACCCUAUAAGUAAUCAAGAGAGGUUAGGUGAGGGGAUCUAACAGAUCAAAACAGAUUAGAAUACCUGUGAAUAAGUUUUCGAUGAAACAUACGUUUAGUAUAUUUCCUAUCGUUUAAUGUACUAUGGUAUGCCUCACACCAUCUUUUUGGUAAUAAAUACAUUGACGUUCUUUAAGUUUAUGAAAACUGUAAAUAUUUUGAAUUGAUAGGUUGGCGCACAAAAAGUAGAGAUGAUGUUGAUACGAGAUGAUUCCGAUGGAUAAAAAUGAUAUUUUUCGCAAACAAAUGGUAAAUGUGUAAAAAAUUGUUAAUUUGAUUGGUCUAUUAUUGAAGAAGUUUUAAAUUCUUGGCAACGUAUUACUCAUAUAAUUAUUUUGCAUCAACCACUUUCUUUUGCAUAAUAAUAUUUGUUUUAUUUGACCGAAAAAACUCAGUAUUCUAAUAUGCAAUAAGUAUUCGCCACUUUUCAUUGAAAGUAUUUUUAUAAAAUUUAUUUUCUAUUAUCAUAACAGUUGAGUUAGUAAUAUUAUUGGUAUGUCUGUUGUUAAAUAUUUCUUGCUAUCAACAAAUAAUUUGAUUGUCAGAUCAUCCUAGAUUAUAUAUAGCUAAAAUAGCAUUCUUUUCAUACGAAAAUGGAAAAAUUGAUUUUGAUAAUGAAAAUGGAUGUGAUUGCAUAGUUGUACCGAUUUUUUUGUCCUCAUUUUUCUAUAGUAUUAAAUAUAAAGAUACUCUUGUAGAAUUCAAAAUUUUUGCCAAACUGAGUAUACAAAUGAAAAAUUUAAGCAGUUGAUAAAUGUAUAUCAUGGUUUAGAAUAUGUAAAACUUUUUAUAAUUAAAUAUUUCUUAAAAGUUGAUAAUAAGAUUUUAUUAUAGUUCCAACUUAGGGGGAUAUAAUAUUACUGCUUUUAGAGGACACUAAACAGAAGUUUUUUCAAAAAAAUAUCAAAUAAAUUCAAUUAUAUAUAUCAUGAAAUCAUCAUGAUUUAGUGGAAUGGUUCUCCACAUAGACGUUCCAAUCCGUUAUAUCAUUGUUUACUAAAGUGCACAAGAAAGGUGACGGUGAGUUUAUUAUUUCCUGUUGGAAAGACUAGGUUUGCGAACAUUGUUCGUCUAUUCAUUUUUGAAUAAAGUGGAAUAAAAUACUGAAGAGAUUAGGUUUGUGCCCAUGGUUCCUCUAUUUACUCUUGCUUGUUGAACACAUUUAAUUAAUGCUUGUAGUUUAUUUUUUUUAUGUUUAGAUCUUAUUGACUGUGCUCAAUAAUGUGAUCCCGUUAAAUUAGUUUCUGACUUAUUAUUACGUGUCAUUUUUUCUAUUGUGAAGUUUGAUCAUAAUAAUUUUCAAUAAUUCAUGUUAAUUUCUUAUAUAUCUAUUACUGAUGCCUUCUCCAGAUUUUUUUACCCUAUAUUUUUCAUGAAAACGUUAAGUUUCCAAAUAUUUGUUAUAUGAAGUAUAUUUUCCUAACAAACAGACUGAAAGUUUGAAUAGAGAAAUUUUAUACACACAUAUUUAACUUAGUUAUUGUCUGAAUAAAUGUAAAAUCGUUAUAAGCUUAGCAAAUAUUUAUAUACAGGGUAGUCUGAAUAAGUAUCAUUUAGAGAUACCUUAUUGAUCUAGUUUUCAAAUUCUAAUAAUUCAAAAUAUUAAUUGGAUUCUAAAGUAUUAUAUUUAUAUUGUGUUGCAAAAAUUUCGUAAUAAUUACAAAAUUGAUAUUGUCUUGAAUUACAAAUAUUUUGUGAAUUAGUUGCUAGUAAAAAUUUGGAAAUAAAAUGUUUUAUUGGCAACACUGUAAAAAAUUCAAUUAUAAUCUGCCAGUUAUUAUUACUUUGAAAAUUAGAUUCGAAUUGGUAGUCAUAUAAACAUAAAAAUGUAUUAUAAUGUACAGGAUGUCCAGGAUACAGAAAUUCGAGAUCGAGUACUUUGAAUCAAAAUAAUGUAAGAAGUGAUAUCUGCCAAUGAAUUUUAUAUAUAAAAUAAUUUAUAUACAAGUAUAAUGAACUAAUUAUCUGUUGUUAUUCAUUACUCAUAAAAAAACAUAUAUAUCUUUGACAAUGAAUAAGAUUUUGUGAAACUUUUAAUGAUAUUAAUCAACUUUCUGGGCACCCUGUAUGUACUAUCAUGUAUUGUAUAUGAAAAGUGAAAAUUCAGUACUUAUUUGUUAUAUUUAUUUUAACAAAUGUUAAGAGUUUUAUGUUGUAAAAUUUAAUUAAUAAUAUUUAUAGCAAUUAAGGGAAAUACAUCUAACCACAUGAUCUAUCGAUUUUGUCAAUUUUAGUAAGUAGAACACUUGUCAAAAUAUGAUCGGCUUCGUUUCUCAUGAUUCAACAAAAUGUUUCAUAUUAUAAAAACAUUCAAUUGGAAGAGUGAUAGAAUUCACAUAUGGUAGAUUUACAAGAGACGUAAGCCAUGGUGUUGCUCUUGGGAAGCGUGGCUCAAGGUUAGUGUAAAAAGACAUUUUGUAUUUAAUCAUUGUGAUACCUGUCACGGUUAUUACGUAAAAUACCAAACACAUUGGAUACUCUAGCUGUUAAAUCAAAAUCUUUACCUGACAUUUUAAAAUGUUUCUGAAAUCUUUCAUUUCACAGCUCAGACUGAAGACUUAAAUCUACCAUUAUUUUUACACUGUUAAAUUUCUUGCCUUGUACAAUAUCACCUUUCCAACUUUAAUUUGUAAUCUUUCUUUUGAUUGAUUAGUAAGCCAGCACAUGCCUCUACCACUAACCUCUCCUAUCGUACUAAAACACACGAUUCGUGCCACGUUCAUGGCUUCUGGGUUGUGUAAACUUACCAUUAUACAAAAUGUUUUUGAAGCCGAUGCUUUGAGACUAUUAAUAUUUCUAAUAAUUAAUAACUAAUUGACAAUUUUCUAAAAUGAUUGAUAAUGAAAUAUUUUGUGUGAAUAUACCUGCAAUUAUAUUGUAUAUAAAUAUUACAUAUGUCCGUUGCAUUAUUCAGAGUUUAAAAUAUUUUAUAUUGUUAUACAAUUGAAAAUUUAUUUAGGAAAAAAUGCAUCCGAUUAUUUAAUAUUAAAUAAUUUGAGAUUAGGUUUUCAAAAUGAGAAAAAAAAUGAAUAUAGACUACUUAGAAUUCCUUACAAUCAUUUUUAUUCUUUUAAAAAACAAUAUACGAUAGAUAGUUAACAAGAGUAGAAGUUGUGAAAAUACCUAGAAACUGCCAAAAGAAGAAACCGUAAAAAAAUUAACUCAAAAAAAUAUACAUAGAACAUAGUGGCAAAGAAGUUAUACAGAACCAAAAGGACAACUUAAAAAUAAUAGAAUAGGAACGAUAGAAAAUGAAAAAUAUAUUGAUUGAUUCAGGUAUACAAAGAGAAAAAACAACAGGAAGAGAAAUACAAAAAAAAAAAUAAAUUUGAAUGUUAAAGUCAACAAUUGAAAAAAUCUUCAUAUAUAUGAUAAAUGUGAAGUACAGUGGUGUAUAAUGAACAGAAGUAAACAAAUGUCUUGGUAAGUUGCUUGUCAAGAAGGAAAUCAAACCAAACCAUAUCUGAAACAAUUAAUGAAAGAAAUAUUCUUGCUCAAUAGAAGUAUAUACAGCAGAAUGUCUUAGGAAACUACUUAGAGAGAAUAGGCUAAGAACAAGAGAAGAUAAAACAGAUAGAAAUUUAUAUGGGUAUUCAAUUCACAGUAUAUCGUCAUAAUAGUAAGAACUCACAGCAAGGGAAAGAAUGAGAGUAAAUAUGAAAACAAUUCCAAGGAGCUAAAAUAAAACUAUUAUAUAUACCUUUACAUUAAGAAAGAGAUGUCCAUGUAAGAUUUCUAGAAUUUCCCAAAGCUUUACGUUUUUAGAAUUUAGAUCCUAAAUAUCUAAGAAAAAUCCGAAUGAUUUGGAAAAUAGAGCAAACAACCGACAAAAUAUUAAUGCCAAAACAAAUACAAAUGUUAUACGCCUAGAAAAUGUUAACAAACCUAAACAAAUGUUUUGAUAAGUUAAUAUUAACUAAUAUAUUUAUUGUUGUUUGGAAUUUUCAGUUGUCUAUGUUCAGUAUUAAUUUUUUUAUCGAACAUUUUACAGUAGGGGAGUCCAAUAGUAGAAAUUUGGGUUUUCUUGAGCAAAAUGGAGAAUAUUUUAGAUUACAGAAAGAGUGGAAGGUUUUUUAAUAUUUCUCCUUUCUGUAGUGUCAGAUAUUAAUAGUUUUGGUAUUCCAACCUGUCUAUAUAACAAAGUUAUAUUUAACUGCUAGGAGAGACAGCAGGAAAAAAAAUAUUCAAGUGUAUCAGUUCAAAGACAAUGUUAUGUAAGUCCCGAAAAUUCAAAUACUAAUGAUUCCAGUCAUGCUAUUAAAAAAUAUGACGGAUAUUCCAAAGAGUUUUCUAGAACUGAUGGUUGAAAAUGUUUUAUGCCAAGAAAGGGUUUAGGAAUAAAAAUAUUUUAUCAUUUCUCGAGUAAGGUUUUUUUAUAAAAUUAGUAAACACUUAGAACUUUAUUGAACGACAAUUAUAACUCUAAUUUAGAAUACUAUUAACAAUUCAGUAACUAUCACUUCGAAAAUAUAUCACUUUAUACCACUCGGAUAUACUAUACUCCUGCUUUAUACAAGUAAUGUUCCAAAACGUGGUAGAAACUUCUGUAUCAACAGCCAAGUUCUUCGAGAAACGCCUUGAACUAGUUCAACGGUUACCCAAUAGAUGUACUAUUUCUAUAAUUUCCACUACAUAAACUCAUGACUGACACCAACAGAUGGCAUGCGCCUGUGUCAGUUAUAAUAUGGAAAAUUCUGUAGAUUUUUUAAUUAAAAUUAAACUAUUAAAAAAAUUUUUGUCCAUCUUUAUAUUCAUUAGAGAAAGCAUAUUUGUAUCUGAGAGAAUCAAACAGAAAAAGUGGAAGAUAAAGACAGAUGAGGAGUGGAAAACAUAUGCUUCACUCCAGCUGCACCCACUAAAAUUUAUCAACGAUUUUGGAAACUACAAGUUGUAGAAAUUUGAGAAUUUAAUUUUUCAGUUAUUUUUGUAUUAUUUUCUAAAAAUAAAAACAAUCUCACUCGAAAAUAUCAAAUAAAAUUUUUUUGACUCUCUCACUUCUUCAAUUAACCCACAUUACUUUAAUCUGACAUGUUCAAAUAUUUCUGAAGAUCAACGAUUCCUUACACAAUAUUAAUUUGUCGGGUUUGAUCUAGUUCCAAAAUCACGUUUGGACUCUACUACUAUCAGCUUUCUAUUUUUAAUUUUAAAUAAAUCCCUAUUUUUGUAUAUAGAGCGUUGCGAAGUUAAAGUAUAUUUACUAUACUUAAAUGAAAUUGAAAAAUAGACUAAAUGAAAAUUUACUAAAUUAUCUAAAAAAAUUAUAAGAUAAUGUAAUGAAUUUUCCAGUCAAUAAGUAAUUUAUAUUUACUUAUUUGGAGAAAUGCUGAAAAAACUAGAGGGGUAAUUCGUUUUAUGUAUCAGCAUGUACAUAAACUUGAAUUGAUAUGAUUGCUACUCGAAAAAACAUGUUACGUAGCAGCAGUGGCCUAAUGUGUACUUAGAACUCAUUCUUAUAAAAGUGGUACUAAUAUCGAAAAAGAUGGUGCCAAAUUUUAUAACUACAUUUUUUUUUCGGUAGACAACAGUAAUUAAAUUUUUAUAAAUAGAGUAGUCACAAAUUUGAUGUAUAAAAUUUACCCUUCUAUCUUUUUUAACAUCAAUUCUUUCAUACAAAAUGUACAAAAAUAUUUGUUUUAAAAAUGAUUUUUUAUUAUUUGUUAAAUAUGUAUUUUUGUGCAUUUCGUUUAUAUAUAUUUUGUAAUUUAUGUAACUACAAUAUUAUGUGCAACCGUAAAAAUUUUUUUUUAACUAAGGGGCCACAUAAAUUUAAGAGAUUUUUGUCUGCUUAAUUGCACUGGGUACCAAUAGCGAUUGUUUGUAAUUACAAACAUUAAUAAAGAAUAUAUAA